CAGAGGCGGUCUGGCGGUAGGCGGCGGGCUCGGCUGGCGCCCACUUCGGCGCGGUGACCGAGCGCCCGGGAGGCUCUAGGGCCGCUGCGCCAAGCCCGACCCUGCGUCGCCAUGGCCCCAGUACAGCUGGAGAACCACCAGCUGGUCCCGCCCGGAGGCGGUGGCGGAGGCAGCGGCGGCCCCGCGUCAGCCCCGGCGCCUCCUCCUCCUGGAGCCGCUGUGGCGGCGGCCGCUGCCGCUGCGGCUAGCCCUGGGUACCGGCUGAGUACCCUCAUCGAAUUUCUGCUGCACCGGGCCUACUCGGAGCUCAUGGUGUUGACGGACCUACUGCCAAGGAAAUCUGAUGUGGAAAGGAAAAUAGAAAUAGUGCAGUUUGCUAGCCGGACACGCCAACUCUUUGUUCGAUUAUUAGCUUUAGUAAAAUGGGCUAAUAAUGCUGGCAAAGUGGAAAAAUGUGCGAUGAUCUCAAGCUUUUUAGAUCAACAAGCCAUCUUGUUUGUGGACACUGCUGAUCGCCUUGCUUCGUUAGCUAGAGAUGCUCUGGUUCAUGCACGCCUACCUAGUUUUGCCAUCCCGUACGCCAUUGAUGUACUGACUACUGGGUCUUACCCACGACUGCCAACCUGCAUUAGGGAUAAAAUUAUUCCUCCAGACCCAAUUACCAAAAUUGAGAAACAAGCCACACUUCACCAGUUGAACCAGAUUCUUAGACAUCGUCUUGUAACCACGGACCUUCCUCCUCAGUUAGCAAAUCUUACAGUUGCAAAUGGCCGGGUGAAGUUUCGAGUUGAAGGAGAAUUUGAAGCCACCUUGACUGUAAUGGGAGAUGAUCCUGAUGUUCCAUGGCGUCUUCUCAAGCUAGAAAUUCUAGUAGAGGAUAAGGAAACAGGAGAUGGACGAGCCUUGGUUCAUAGCAUGCAAAUUGACUUUAUCCAUCAGCUGGUGCAGUCAAGGCUAUUUGCUGAUGAGAAACCUCUUCAGGACAUGUACAACUGCCUACAUUCUUUCUGCUUAUCACUUCAGUUAGAAGUGCUACAUUCCCAAACUCUAAUGUUAAUCCGAGAGCGGUGGGGAGACCUUGUGCAGGUGGAAAGGUAUCAUCCUGGAAAGUGCCUCUCCCUCUCAGUUUGGAAUCAACAGGUUCUUGGGAGAAAAACAGGGACGGCAUCUGUUCACAAAGUUACAAUUAAAAUCGAUGAGAAUGAUGUCUCUAAACCUUUACAAAUUUUUCAUGAUCCUCCUUUGCCAGCUUCUGAUUCCAAAUUAGUAGAAAGAGCCAUGAAGAUUGAUCACUUAUCAAUAGAAAAACUCCUGAUUGACAGCGUCCAUGCACGAGCUCAUCAGAAGCUCCAGGAACUGAAGGCCAUUCUUAGAGGCUUCAAUGCCAAUGAAAACUCUUCCAUAGAGACUGCACUUCCAGCUCUUGUUGUUCCUAUCUUGGAGCCCUGUGAUAAUUCGGAGUGUCUACACAUUUAUGUAGAUUUGCAUUCUGGAAUGUUCCAACUGAUGCUUUAUGGACUUGACCAGUCCACUUUGGAUGACAUGGAGAAGUCUGUGAAUGAUGAUAUGAAACGAAUCAUUCCUUGGAUUCAGCAACUUAAGUUUUGGCUUGGACAACAGCGUUGCAAACAAUCUAUAAAACAUCUGCCUACAAUAAGCACUGAAACAUUGCAGCUGUCCAAUUACGCAACUCAUCCUAUUGGAAAACUUUCUAAGAAUAAGCUGUUCAUUAAACUUACUCGUCUUCCACAGUACUAUAUUGUUGUAGAGAUGUUGGAGGUUCCCAAUAAACCCACACAGCUGUCAUACAAGUACUACUUCAUGUCUGUGAGUGUUGCAGAACGUGAAGACAGCCCUGUCAUGGCACUUGUGCUACAGCAGUUCAAGGACAACAUCCAGGAACUGAUGUUACGUACAAAAACCGGGAAACAGCCUAGAACCAGUACUAAGCGCAAGUUGUCUGAUGAUUCAUGUCCAGUAGAACCUAAGAAAACCAAACGAUCAGGAGAAAUAUGUGCCUUCAAUAAAAUUCUAGCUCAUUUUGUUGCUGUGUGUGAUACAAAUAUGCCAUUUGUAGGACUUCGAUUGGAGUUGUCUAAUCUGGAGAUUCCACAUCAAGGAGUGCAAAUGGAAGGUGAUGGUUUCAGCCAUGCAAUUCGCUUAUUGAAAAUCCCUCCCUGUAAGGGUGUAAAUGAGGAAACCCAGAAGGCUCUGGAUCGCUCUCUCCUCGAUUGCACUUUCCGAUUACAAGGUAGAAAUAACCGCACGUGGGUGGCAGAGUUAGUGUUUGCAAAUUGUCCACUUAAUGGCACUUCUACCAGGGAACAAGGACCUUCCCGGCAUGUUUAUCUAACAUAUGAAAACCUAUUGUCUGAACCUGUUGGUGGUAGGAAAGUGGUUGAAAUGUUCCUUAAUGACUGGAAUAGCAUUGCACGAUUAUAUGAGUGUGUGUUGGAAUUUGCACGUUCUCUACCAGACAUACCUGCUCAUCUAAAUAUUUUCUCAGAAGUUCGUGUUUAUAAUUACCGAAAACUUAUCUUGUGUUACGGAACUACCAAGGGAAGCUCAAUUAGUAUCCAAUGGAAUUCCAUACAUCAGAAAUUUCACAUUUCUUUGGGAACUGUUGGUCCAAACUCAGGUUGCAGCAACUGUCACAAUACCAUUCUCCAUCAGCUUCAAGAAAUGUUCAACAAAACACCAAAUGUGGUUCAGUUAUUACAGGUACUGUUUGAUACUCAGGCUCCAUUAAAUGCUAUCAACAAACUCCCCACUGUGCCGAUGUUGGGCUUGACCCAGAGAACCAACACUGCCUACCAGUGCUUCUCCAUUUUGCCACAGUCAUCCACCCACAUCAGACUGGCCUUCAGGAACAUGUAUUGCAUUGAUAUAUACUGCCGGAGUCGAGGUGUUGUGGCAAUACGGGAUGGUGCCUAUAGUCUUUUUGAUAAUAGCAAGUUAGUUGAAGGAUUUUAUCCUGCACCAGGACUAAAGACAUUCCUGAAUAUGUUUGUUGACAGCAAUCAGGAUGCUCGAAGAAGGUCUGUAAAUGAGGAUGAUAAUCCCCCUUCUCCCAUAGGAGGAGAUAUGAUGGAUUCUCUAAUCUCACAACUCCAGCCACCACCCCAGCAACAGCCAUUUCCAAAGCAACCAGGAUCAUCAGGCGCUUAUCCUCUUACUUCACCUCCUACAUCUUAUCAUAGCACAGUUAGUCAGUCUCCAUCUAUGAUGCACACGCAGUCCCCAGGAAAUCUGCAUGCUGCAAGCUCCCCCAGUGGGGCUUUGAGAGCCCCAUCACCAGCGUCAUUUGUUCCAACUCCUCCCCCAUCCUCGCAUGGACUCUCAAUAGGACCAGGGGCCAGUUUUGCUAGUCCACAUGGAACCCUGGACCCCAGUUCUCCAUAUACUAUGGUGUCACCAAGUGGACGAGCGGGGAACUGGCCAGGGUCUCCUCAAGUGCCUGGCCCCUCACCAGCAACACGGUUGCCUGGAAUGUCGCCAGCCAACCCAUCACUACAUUCUCCAGUUCCAGAUGCUUCUCAUUCCCCCCGAGCUGGAACAAGUUCCCAAACGAUGCCAACAAACAUGCCCCCACCUCGUAAACUACCUCAGCGCUCCUGGGCAGCCUCCAUACCCACCAUUCUCUCUCACAGUGCCUUGAACAUUUUACUGCUGCCCUCUCCAACGCCAGGUCUCGUGCCUGGCUUGGCAGGUAGUUACCUUUGUUCUCCACUUGAAAGAUUCCUUGGAUCGGUCAUCAUGAGAAGACAUCUUCAAAGAAUUAUUCAACAAGAAACGCUACAACUGAUAAAUUCCAAUGAACCUGGGGUGAUCAUGUUUAAGACAGAUGCGCUGAAAUGCAGAGUAGCCCUUAGUCCUAAAACCAACCAAACACUUCAGCUAAAAGUAACACCUGAGAAUGCGGGACAGUGGAAACCUGAUGAACUUCAAGUGUUAGAGAAAUUCUUUGAGACUAGAGUUGCUGGACCACCAUUUAAAGCCAAUACAUUAAUAGCCUUCACCAAACUAUUAGGAGCUCCUACACACAUCCUUAGGGACUGUGUGCAUAUUAUGAAACUAGAGCUGUUUCCUGACCAGGCAACACAGCUAAAAUGGAACGUUCAGUUUUGCCUGACGAUCCCUCCCAGCGCACCACCGAUUGCACCUCCUGGGACUCCUGCUGUGGUGCUGAAAUCCAAAAUACUAUUUUUUCUUCAACUAACUCAGAAAACAUCGGUCCCUCCCCAAGAACCUGUUAGUAUUAUAGUUCCAAUCAUUUAUGACAUGGCUUCAGGUACAACCCAGCAGGCAGACAUUCCCAGACAGCAGAACUCUUCUGUUGCUGCUCCUAUGAUGGUCAGCAACAUUCUGAAGAGGUUUGCAGAGAUGAAUCCACCACGACAAGGUGAAUGCACAAUAUUUGCAGCUGUUCGUGAUUUAAUGGCUAAUCUUACACUGCCCCCUGGUGGGCGUCCAUAGACACUAUUGUUUUUAAACCAGGAAGGCUGACAAAUGAAAGUCUGAAUUCAGCCUUCAGUUUUAAAAAGGAAAAGGACUUUUUGACUUUAAGAGCUAAAUAUUCUAAACUCGCAAAAAUUUUCAGGGUGCACUUCUUUCAUCAAACAGACCAUCAAUCUUUUGUAUAGUGAACUUGUAUAGUGUGUUUAAAUGGGACACGUUUCAAACUAGGUAAUACAUCAGUGUCCGCUUGCCAAUCAUAGAGUGAAUAUUCUGUUUUAUACUAUAAAGUUACGGAAAUGCCAAACUUGUUUAUUUAAUUGUUUUCUUAUGUUUUGGGUGUAAUAGUCCUUUUUUGGUUUUUGUUUUGUUUUUUUAAGGCAGGCCUGUCAUUUUGAAUACUGUAAAACUGUGAUAAACUUUAUAUUGAAGCUGUAUUUUACUAUGACCGCUUUGAAUCCUUACAUGAAAAUGUUCUGGGAGUUGUUAUAAAAAACAUCCCAAAGAAGCAAUAUUUAAUAAAACUAGGUUUAAAA